UCUUCCGACGGCAGAGAGAAUGGGCGCUGGUAUGGCACUCUGAUACAAUGUGAAGAUGGGGCGGAAAUGGAAUGCCUCUUCCUCUCUCUCUCCAUUCUGCUGACUUUCAUCUCACACUACUUGCUCGCGCUAUUUCUAUAAAUAGUAUUUUCGCAUACAAAUGGCGCCUUUCUCUUGCUCUUCCUCUCCCCAAUUUCAUGCCAUUUUCACCCCUAUUUCCACCAACAAUUUCUCUUGCUCUCCUUCCCCCUAUUCUUCUUAUCCCAAUCAUUCGCAUCGUCGCCGCCGCAAUUACCUGAAUCUCGCAGCCUUUUCCGGGUUGAAGAAUAUCUUGACGAAUCAGAACCUUACAGCUCAAGCCAUGAGUACAUCUCAGGGAAACCUGGCUUCGAAUCUUGCAUCAAAGGUUGCCUCACCGCGGGACAUUGUAAAUAUAGAGGAUAGACCUGAUCAUCUUCUUGUUCUUGUACAUGGUAUCUUGGCAAGCCCAAGUGAUUGGACGUAUUUUGACACAGAGUUGAAGAGACGAGUAGGAAAGAAGUUUUUGAUUUAUGCUAGUUCAUGUAACAUGUACACUAAGACUUUCACGGGGAUUGAUGGUGCUGGAAAACGACUUGCCGAUGAAGUCAUUCAGGUUGUGAAAAAGACAGAGGGACUAAAGAAGAUAUCCUUUCUGGCCCAUUCACUUGGUGGACUAUUCGCAAGAUAUGCAAUCGCUGUUCUGUACACUCCCGGUGAUGUAAUUGGGACUCAGGCUUCGGCAUUCCAAUCCUCGGGCUCUUCAAAUAAAGGUUUGAUUGCCGGGAUGGAGGCGAUUAACUUUAUCACCCUGGCAACUCCUCAUCUUGGAGUGAGAGGAAAUAGGCAGCUUCCAUUCCUUCUUGGUGUACCUUUCUUGGAGAAACUUGCUGCUCCUAUUGCCCCUAUUUUUACUGGCCGAACUGGGAGUCAGCUCUUCCUCACAGAUGGAAAACCCAGUAAACCCCCUCUUUUAUUGAGAAUGGCAUCAGAUUGUGAAGAAGGAAAAUUUAUAUCAGCACUCGGUGCUUUCAGAUGCCGAGUCCUUUAUGCUAAUGUCUCCUAUGACCAUAUGGUUGGUUGGCGCACAUCAUCCAUACGAAGAGAAAAGGAGCUUUUCAAGCAAAUUGGACUAAUUCGAGCUCCGUCUGCAGCUGGAUUGGCGUGUCUUGCAGCUUGCGUCACCAGAGUAGCUGCAUUGAAUCUCUCUUACAUGAAUCUCUCCGGCAGCAUUCCACCACAACUCGGGCAGUUGUCCUUCCUUGCCUCCCUCGACCUCACCAGCAACCUCUUCAGUGGAGCGUUGCCUCACGAGCUGUCAUUCCUUCACAGGUUGAAGUUCAUGUCUCUCCGAAUUAACAACUUCACAGGAGAGAUUCCUCCUAUCUUUGGUCAUCUACCACAGCUAGAGUACUUGAAUUUACGCAACAACAGCUUUGUAGGUUCCAUCCCAAAAUCCCUCUCAAAUCUAACAAGCCUGCAAUUCCUUAACUUAAAUUACAAUCCUUUAAGUGGAGAAAUUCCUAAAGAGUUAGGCAGACUUGAAAAUGUAGAAACUCUGUAUAUUGAAUGGAAUCAUCUCUCUGGGGCUAUACCAUCAACGAUUUUCAAUAUGUCGAAGCUGGUGUUUAUCGGGUUUACAGGCAAUGGUUUGAGUGCAAGUCUUCCAGUAGAUAUGUGCACCAAUCUUCCAUUUCUUGCUGAGAUUUAUUUUUCUGAAAAUCAGCUAAGUGGCGCGAUUCCAACAAAUUUAUCGCACUGUUCACAACUACAGCUGCUGUCCCUCUCCUACAACUCAUUGGUGGGCAGAUACCUGCAGAAAUCAGCUACUUAACAUCUCUUCACACUUUAUUC